AAUUAAAUAAAAAACCAAGUAAUAAAAACCAGUAAAAGAAAAGAAACAGUUAAUUCAAAGUUCAAACGCCGUGAAGAAUGUGCUAGGGUAAUUUCAACCAAAGACAUCAACAGAGAAGCAAAUUGUUCCAACGAAUACCAAAUCCAACACCAGUAAUACGGAAUCUUCGCUGCCGGCAAGGCGGCGACCGCCGUAAUCAGUAACGAGAUGGUCCCACUAUUGCUCCUCUUCCUUGUCCAUCUCACAAUCUUCCCUGGUUCCAUUUCUGCUCUUGAUUUUCUCUUCAAUUCCUUCUUCAAUGCCACCGACUUCAUCUACCUCAUCGACGACGCUCGCUUGGACUCCUCGGUCCUCCGCCUCACCAACGACUCCAACCAGUUGUCCAUUGGUCGAGCCUUUCACCGAUCUCGGCUUCGAAUGAAACCCACCUCUAAUUCCACCCAGAUUUCAUCAUUCUCAACUUCCUUCGUCUUCUCUAUCUUGCCGGAGAUCAGCACCAGCCCCGGCUUCGGCCUCGUCUUUGUGCUCUCCAACAUCACCGAACCCGACGGCGCUCUAUCCGGUCAGUACUUCGGCCUCUUCUCCGACGCCACUGUCCCCGCCGUCGUCCCACUCCUCGCCGUCGAGUUCGAUGUCGGACAAAACCCGGAAUUCAACGACCCAAACAACAAUCAUGUCGGGAUCGACCUCAAUAACGUCGAAUCGAAGAAGACUGCGGACGCCGGCUACUACAACUCCACCAGCGCUAGCGCCGAUCUCAUCCCCGUGAAUAUGCGGAACGGUCAGAACAUACACGCUUGGAUCGAUCUCGAUGGCUCUCAAUUCGAAAUCAAUGUCACUAUCGCACCCCUCGGCGUGUCUCGACCGCUCAGACCUUUGCUCACCUUCAGAGAUCCAGUGAUAGCCAACUAUGUUUCUUCAGAAAUGUAUGUUGGCUUUUCUGCAUCGAAGACUACUUGGGUCGAGGCACAGAGGGUCUUAGCGUGGAGCUUCAGUGACACUGGUGUUGCCAGAGACAUCAACACCACGAAUUUACCUGUUUUCUCGCUCGAAACAUCGUCCUCUUCGCUCUCUCCCGGGGCUAUUGCUGGUAUUACAAUCGGCUCUGUUUUCGUUUUAAUUCUUUGUUUGUCUGUUUGUUACUACUGGUUUUGUGGAAAGAAUAAAAUGAAAGAGCAAGAAUAUGAUGAUGAUGAGAUUGAAGAUUGGGAACUCGAGUACUGGCCGCACCGAUUCUCUUACGAAGAGCUCAUUCUGGCCACCAAAGGCUUCUCCGCAAAUGAGCUGCUUGGGGCAGGAGGGUUCGGUCGAGUCUACAAAGGAACACUGCCCAACGACACCCAAGUCGCUGUCAAGUGUGUGAGCCAUGAUUCGAAGCAAGGACUUAGAGAAUUCAUGGCAGAGAUAUCAAGUAUGGGUAGGCUUCAACACAAAAACUUGGUCCAAAUGCGAGGGUGGUGUCGGAAGGGCAAUGAAUUGAUGCUUGUGUACGAUUACAUGCCCAAUGGCAGUCUCAAUCGAUGGAUAUUCGAUAAGCCCAAGAAACUAAUGAAUUGGGAAGGUAGGAGGCGAGUCCUCUCCGAUGUCGCUGAGGGCUUGAACUACCUUCACCACGGUUGGGACCAGGUGGUUAUUCACAGAGACAUCAAGUCCAGCAACAUUUUGUUAGACAACGAUAUGAGAGGCAGGUUGGGCGAUUUUGGGCUGGCGAAGUUGUACACACACGGUGAGGCGCCCAACACGACGCGGGUGGUGGGGACUUUGGGAUACUUGGCACCGGAGCUGGCCACGGUGGCAGCGCCGACAGCAGCAAGCGAUGUUUAUAGCUUUGGAGUGGUGGUGUUGGAGGUGGUGUGCGGACGGAGGCCGAUAGAGCCAUCAAAGGAGAGAGAGGAGGAGGUGGUGUUGAUUGAUUGGGUGAGGGAGAAGUACGUGGAGAGGAGGGUGUGGGAGGCUGCAGACGAGAGAAUGAAGGGAGAGUACAAGGUGGAGGACGUGGAGGCUGUGUUGAAGCUUGGUUUGGCCUGUUGUCACCCUGACCCGCUCCACAGGCCUACCAUGAGGGAGGUUGUGGCGGUUUUAGUUGGGGAUGAGGCGGCUGCCGUGCCACGCUUUUUGCUGUCGGAAGUAACUGAAGACAGGAGUAACAUUGGUGAUGGUGGUGGUGAUGAGGCUGGAGAGGAAUUGUCACCGCCACAAGAUCUUGUUUGAAUUUUUCCUUAUGAUUAAAAAAACAGAAAAACAAAUUUAUUUGGACUUUAUUUUUGUGUGUUUUGGCUGCAAAUUGCGUUGUAAUUAACCAAUUCUGAACAUACCAUUAUAAUAUAUUUUUCAAGCUAUAUUUCUCAUUUU